CCUAAAAGACGAGGACCUCUGCUUGUGUUCAGAGGGAGCAGGAGGAGCGGCACGUCUGAAGAGAGGCACCCACGAAGCGUCCCAACAUGAAGGGAAGAACGAGAAUUUUCCUCGGCGUUAUCGUAGCAGCGUAUUUCUCUGGCAUCGCUGCUCUGACGACAGAUUGUGAAAAUGCCACCGUGGCCGACAUCGUCUUCCUGGUGGACGGAUCCAUCGACAAGAAGAACUUCGUGAAGGUCAAAGGUUUUCUCAGCAGUGUCAUCAAGGACCUCAACAUCGGCUGGAAAAAGGUUCGUAUCGGCGUGGCUCAGCACAGCGAUAAAACUCACCAGGAGUUUCUGCUGAAGGAUCACGUGGAUAAGAGAUCCCUGAUGAUCGCAGUUAAAAACAUGCCCUACCAAGAAGGAGGCACAUUUCAAUUCCGAACAGGAGGCACAGAAACAGGCAAGGCCAUCGACUUCCUCCGGACGCAGUAUUUCACGGAGGAAGCAGGGAGCAGAGCCGGCCAAAGGGUGCCUCAGAUCGCUGUGGUUAUCACGGAUGGAGACUCCACGGACGAUGUGAUCGCACCCGCCCAGCGCCUGAGGCAGCAGGGAGUCAUCGUGUUUGGCAUCGGGGUGGGAGCAGCCAACCUGCAGCAGCUCGAGUCCAUCGCCAACCGGCCUCCAGAGCGCUUCCGGUCCUACAUCAGUAACUACGCGGUUCUGCAGACGCUGAAAGACCAUCUGCUGAAAACUGUGUGCAUCUCAGUGGAGGAUCAGAAGCAAGCAUUGACAGACAGGUUUGCAGAUGUCUUCUUCAUGCUGGACGGUAGCAUGGCUCCAGGAAUGGUCCCGGAGGUCAUAUCUGACUUGGUUGAAUUGAUCGAUCGUCUCCAUGCCUCAGCGUCCACCUACCGUAUUGGUUUGGCCCAGUACGGUGAAGAUACCAAGGUCGAAUUCUCCCUUGCGAAAUUUAAAAACAAACAGAAAAUCAUCGAAACUGUCAAGCGUUUCCGCCUGCGCCCAGACACCCACAAACCAGCUGACCUGGGCGGUGCCCUGAUCAACGCCAACACUCACCUUUUUACCAGUGAGGCCGGGGGCCGUGCGCAUCAAGGCUCCCGACAGUAUCUGGUUGUUAUGAGUGCAAAAGACUCCAAACGCUCCGUCUAUAGGGACGCUGAAUUGAUCAAAUCAUCGGGGGUAACUCUUAUAGGAAUGAGUGCAGGUGCAAGUAUGGAAUCAAUCGAAUCAUUUGCCAGUCCUGACUAUGCAUAUAAUACUUCAAACCUGUUAAUUUUGGAGGAUGUCAUCUUGACUGAGAAAAAGGAGAUCAUUACUGAAGAUUGCAAAGGAGCCACGGUGGCAGACAUCGUGUUCAUCGUUGACGAGUCGGGAAGCAUUGGAAAUGAAAACUUUCGGCUCAUGCGCAACUUCCUGCACUUGGUCGUGAGCAGCUUGGAUGUAAGUCCGAAGAGAGUCAGAGUGGGCAUUGUCACGUACAACGAUGUCUCCACACCACAGGUCUUCCUCAACUCAUUCAACAACAAGGACGAAUUGCUUGAGUACAUCAAGAUCCUGCCUUACAAUGGAGGUGGUACGAAUACUGGAGAGGCCCUGAAUUUUACUCGGGAAAACGUCUUUAUUAAAGAGAAGGGCUGCAGGAAAGAAAACGGUGUCCAACAGGUGGCGGUGGUCAUCACUGAUGGUAAAUCCCAGGAUGAAGUGAGCAAAGCAGCAAUUACUCUGCGUCGAGCCGGUGUUACCAUUUACGCUUUAGGGAUAAAAGAUGCCAUGGAGAGCGAACUGUUGGAAAUGGCUUCACACCCUCCUGAUCAGCACGUUUUUACCCGGAAAAGUUUCACCGAGCUGACGCACCUGAAGCAGACCCUGCAGAAAAUCCUGUGCAAAAACAUCAUUGCCAAAGCAGUCCCAAGGAAAUCAGAAACCAAAGAAGUUUGUGUAAAAACGGAUGAAGCAGACAUCUUCUUCCUUAUGGAUGACUCAGGAAGCAUUACAUGGCAAGACUUCGCAGAAAUGCAGAACUUCAUCAACAAGUUUAUAGAACACUUCCAAAUUGGGCCACAACAAGUCCGCAUUGGGCUUGUGAAAUAUGCUGAUUCCCCAACUGAUGAAUUUGAUCUGACAACCUACUCCGAUGAAAAGUCAUUGGUGAAUGCCAUCAACAGUAUAAUUGGCGUAGGAGGUGGGACGGAGACAGGAAAAGCACUUUCACACAUGGGCCCACUCUUUAAGAGAGCGGCGGCCACGCGUGGUCAUGAAGCCCCAAAGUACCUGAUUGUCGUCACAGAUGGAAAGUCCACUGAUAAGGUGAAGGCUCCUGCAGAAGAACUGAGGGAGCAGGGAAUCAUUAUCUACGCCAUUGGGGUGAAAAAUUCAUCCCAAACUGAGCUAGAAGAGAUUGCAGGAGACCCCAAGAGGACUAUCUUCGUCAGAAAUUUUGAUGCCUUGAAAUCCAUCAACAAUGAAAUCAUCAGAGAAAUCUGUUCUGAAGAAGCCUGCAGAGACAUACAGGACGACAUCUUUUUCCUCACUGACAGCUCUGAGAGCAUCGAUGAGGAAGAGUUUCAGAAAAUGAAAGACUUCAUGAAAUUUGUCAUCAGCAAGUCGGCCAUCGGGGAGAACAAGGUGCACGUCGGUGUCAUGCAGUUCAGUACCAGCUACAAUCUGGAGUUUCCCCUCAACCAAUACUACAGCAAUGUUGACAUUUUGAGAGCCAUUGAUGAUAUGAAGCAGAUGAAUGAAGGUACGAGCACAGGAAAGGCCAUCACAGAGGUUUCAAGGUAUUUCGAUGCGGCCAGAGGAGGGCGUCCUGGCAUGAGUCAGAAUCUGAUAGUGAUUACAGACGGCAAGGCACAAGACGACGUCAGGGGUCCCGCUGAGGCUCUGAGGAAAAAGGGGGUUGUGAUCUACUCCAUCGGAGUGAAGAAUCACAACCCCACCCAGCUGAAGGAGAUCAGCGGUUAUUCUCACAGGGUUUAUUCUGUGAAGGACUUUGAUGCGCUGAACGACUUGGAAGCCCAGGUUUCCUCAAAGAUUUGCGAGAGAGGAUGUAAAAUGGAAAAAGCCGACAUUAUUUUCCUGGUGGACAGCUCCAGAAUAUCUCAAAUACAUUAUGAAAGCAUGCAGAGGUUUAUGGCAUCAAUAGUGAACCAAACCACAGUUGGCACCAGCCUGACUCGUUUCGGGCUUAUUUCCUACUCAGAUGAACCCCGGACUCAUUUUAAACUGAACGCCUACGACUCCAAGCGUAAAGUUCUUGCAGCGAUACCAACGGUGAAGCCGGAAGGAGGAGGCACCUACACAGACAAAGCCUUGAGAUACUCUCUAGAGUACUUUAAUGCCAAACAUGGAGGCCGGGAGGUGCCUCAGAUUCUCAUAGUGAUCACAGACGGAGCUGCGAACAUACCUUCCAACCUAAAGGGUCCGGCUGAUAAACUGCGAGAACACGGGGUCACCGUCAUCAGUGUCGGAGUGAAAGAAGCAGAUCGAGAUCAGCUGUUGACCAUUGCUGGCAACACCGGCAGAAGUUUCUUUGUGGACAGAUUUGAGGCCCUAGGAACUCUGCACAACGAUAUGUCUUCUGUCCUCUGCAAUGCCACAAAACGAGGAUGUAAGGGAAAGCAGGCCGACCUGAUCUUCCUACUCGAUCAGUCAAGCAGCAUUAAUACAGAAGAUCACGACAUGAUGAAAAACUUCACAGCAAGCAUAGUGAACAGCUUUACCAUCAGUAAAGACCGGGUGCGUAUUGGACUCGCUCAGUUCAGCGAUAAGCCUCAGGACGAGUUUGACCUCAACAGCUACUUCAGGGAGGAGGAUUUGAUCGGGCACAUCCAAAACUUGAAAUACACUGGUGGAGACACAUUCCUCGGGAAAGCCUUGGUUCACAUAAGCAAAUACUUUGACGACAGUCGUGUUGUCCCGAAGAAUCUGGUGUUGAUCUCAGAUGGCGGGUCGCAUGAUGACGUGGAGGAUGCAGCUGACUAUCUCAGGAUACAUAACAUUUCAGUGUUUGCCAUCGGCGUUGGUGACAUUCACGACCUGGAGCUCUUGCAGAUCACUGGCAACCCGGAGAGGCUGUUGACUGUGCAGAACUUUAACGGAUUGGAAAAUAUCAAGCAAGACUUGGUCGACAUCUUAUGCGAUGAUCCAGGUCCAGGUCCAGAUCCAACCCCACCCACACCUUCACCCCGUCCCUCCUCAACAACCCCAACCCCACCCACACCUUCACCCCGUCCCUCCUCAACAACAACAACCACACCCCCACCACCGCCCACUCCCACACCCCCCCCAAGCAACUGCAGCAUCGAUAUCGCCAUGGGAUUCGAUAUUUCUCAGAGAACAGCAGGGGAGAAGCUGGUCAGCGGUCACACCAUGCUCCUGAGGUUCCUGCCGGAAAUCGUCAGGUCCGUGUCUUCGGUGAAAACCCUUUGCUGCGUCGGUCCAGAUCCUGUCCAGCCCAAGAUUGCUUUCCAAGUGCUGGAUAGUGACGGGCGUUCCUUGUACGACACAGACUUUGAAGCCUACAGCAAGGAACUGGUGGACAAAGUCAUGGAAGUGCAAAUGUCAGGGCCUACUUACUUCAAGACGGCCAUGCUGAACUCCUUCAAGCAGAGGUUCUUGGACAAGUCCAAAGCUGAUGUGAAGGUGCUGGUGAUCUUCUCAGACGGACUCGAUGAAGACGUGAAGACACUGGAGCAUGAAGCUGAGCUGCUGCGUCAGUCUGGGGUCAGCACUCUGCUCACCGUGGCCCUGGAGGGGACCCGGGACCCCGCCCAGCUGCAGAUGGUGGAGUUCGGAAGAGGGCUCGAGCACAAACUCCCUCUGAGCAUCGGCAUGCCGAGCGUGGGCAGCACCAUCCACAAACAGAUCGACACGGUGUCGGACAGGAAGUGCUGCAACGUCAUGUGCAAAUGUUUGGGAAACGAAGGCAUCCGUGGUUCUCGCGGCAUCCUGGGGUCAAAGGGCGAGCCGGGGCUGAAGGGUUAUCCGGGAUUCCCGGGGGAGGAAGGCCACUCCGGGGGGGGCGGGCCUCCUGGACCCAGCGGACCUCAGGGCGUCCAGGGCUGUCCUGGAGUCAGAGGACAGAAGGGCUACCGGGGCUUCUCCGGGAACAUCGGCGGAGACGGAGACGACGGACUGGACGGAGUCUGUGGAGAGCAGGGACUGGCAGGAUCAGAUGGAGCUCAAGGAGAAAGAGGAGACUCAGGAAACCCAGGUAUCCGGGGCAUCAGAGGGGAGGCGGGGGUGGCAGGACAGCGAGGACUGAGUGGAGAUCCGGCGGAGCGCGGCGUUGAUAACACCAGCCCUGGAGCCAAAGGAAACCCUGGGAACCCCGGACCCCCGGGUUUAUCCGGAGUGGAUGGAGGACCAGGCGUUGCAGGUGACGUUGGAUUCAAGGGUGCCGAUGGGAGAAGAGGCUCUGUGGGGGAGAAGGGUCCACCUGGAGGGCCUGGGGUUCGAGGAUCUAAGGGCAUCCCCGGUGCUUCAGGUCCACAGGGUCUCAGAGGCGGAGAAGGUGAAACAGGAGAGCAAGGGACCUCUGGCUCCUCCGGACCUCAGGGGGGGUUGGGACCAGCUGGAGGCCCGGGGUUACCCGGACGCCGCGGCGCUACUGGACAGAAGGGCCAACCAGGGGAGCUGGGGGGUGAGGGGGACCCAGGGUCACCGGGACCCCACGGACUGCCGGGUCAGGAUGGUAGAGACGGGUAUGGACCUCCAGGACAAACAGGUGCACAGGGAGCUCCUGGUUUCCCUGGUAACCCCGGUCUGAGUGGAGAGGACGGCCAGCAGGGAACUAACGGGUUCCUCGGGAUGAAAGGGAACCGAGGGCGAGGGGGGAACUCAGGCGGGUCGGGAGGACCAGGAACGCCUGGAGAGCCGGGACAUCCAGGACACCGGGGUCCCAAGGGUCCUCCAGGACUCAGAGACAAGACUGAGUGUCAGCUGAUCUCCCUCAUCAGAGACAACUGUGAAUGUCAUCAAGGGGCCUCUUCGUGCCCGGCCUUCCCCACGGAGCUGGUUCUGGGGCUGGACAUGUCGCAGGACGUGACCCCGACGGCCUUCGAGCGGCAGCGCUCCGCCCUGCUGUCUCUGCUGGAGGACGUCUCCGUCUCCGAGAGCAACUGUCCGACGGGGGCCCGGGUGGCCGUGGUGGGAUUCAGCGCCCACACCAAGUACCUGAUCCGCUUCCAGGACUACCGGACCAAGACGCAGCUGCUGGAGCUGCUGAGGAACGUGGCCCUGGAGAAGACGUUCAGCCGGCGCCAGCUGGGGGCCGCCAUGCGCUUCGUGGGGCAGCACGUCUUCAAGCGUGUGCGAGCGGGGGUGAUGAUGAGGAAGGUGGCCGUCUUCCUCUCCAACGGGCCAUCGCAGGACGUGGAUGACAUCGUCACCGCCACCAUGGAGUACCGCGGCCUCAACAUCGUCCCCGCCGUCAUCUCGCUGAAGAACGAUAACAACACCGCCGCGGCUCUGGAGGUGGACGACUCCAGAUCCUCCAUGUUCACGGUGCUGAGGAGAACCGCUGACCUGAUGAAGGUUAAGAACUGUGCCAUCUGUUACGACCCGUGCCAGCGCUCGCAGCAGUGCUCCUUCAUCCUGGACCCGCUGGCGCCUCAGGAGGCGGAUGUGGACCUGGUUCUGGUUCUGGACAGCUCCAGGGAGGUGCAGGCUGAUGAGUACUCCGGCAUGCAGCAGCUGCUGGGCUCCGUGGUGGAGCAGCUGGCCGUGAGCCCCACCCCCCGCAGGCCCGGAUCAGGGGCCCGGGUGGCCCUCGUCCAGCAGAGCGGCUUCCGGGCCCCCAAGGUGGAGUUUGGGUUCGGGACCUUCCAGACCUCCGGCCAGAUGAAGAGGCACCUGAUGAACAUGACGCAGCAGGGCGGCUCCUCGGCGCUGGGCGUCACUCUGAACAUGGCCCUGACGGAGCUGCUCCUGAAGGCAGCGCAGCCCCGCAGGAGGAGGGUGGUGCUGACCCUGGUGGGAACCAGCACGGCCCCCCAGGACCGGGCCCAGCUCAGCUACGUCUCCCAGAAGGCCCAGUGUGAGGGGGUGGCGCAGUUCGUGGUGACGGUGGGCGAGCGCUACGACCGCAGGCAGGUGGAGGAGGUGGCGGGGGGGCCACUCCUGCAGCACCUCAUCCACCUGGACCGACUGAAGGCCGAGGAGCAGAGCUACACCCAGCGCUUCUUCAGGGUCUUCCUCUCCGCGCUCAGCAAGGGAGUGAUCAAGUAUCCUCCUCCGUCUCUAGCCUGCAGUGAACUGAGAGACCCAGCAGACACACAGCAGCUCAACGGGCGUCUGUCUCCUCAAGAAGGACCCCGGGCCCUGUCGGGACUUCAAAGUGAAGUGGUUCUUCAACAGCAAGCCGAGGAGAUGCUCUCGCUUCAAGUACGGAGGCUGAGAAGGGUGAGAAGAAGAGGAGAGGGAGAGCGCAGGACACGAUGAAGAAAUCCACCGUGACUCAGGAAUAUCUUUAGCCUGCAAAACACACGAGGGAAAGUUCAAACUGCUCCAGCUCUCAUCAGGAUUUUGAGUUUUUGUCUUCAACAUUCGUGUUGCUCGAACACCUUUGGAGCUCUCUGAAAACAGUCAGGAUUCAGAGACUUUCAAGGACAAAAUAAAACGGUUUACACUCAAACCUGCAGGGGAGGAGGACCACAGAGGAAGAUCUUUAAAUGAAGUGUGGGCGCCCCCUGCUGCUGGAAGUGAGGAACACAUCGGUGUAAUCUGAAGUACUGUAUUUAACCAUUUAUAAGAAUAAAACCUUGAACAUA